AUGGAGGUUUUCUGCGUUACUUAUCCAGCACUGACAACAAUCGGGGAUAUUUUUUUGUGGGGCAACACCGCAGCUCUAGCUUUCGAAUUGCCCCAAGAUCCAUACUCCCCCUUCGACCAUCGCGCUGAUCCCUUGCACCGGAGAGUUGACACCAAAACUAUUUACUAUACGGAUUACGACGGGAGGGUUAUACAUAAAACACCAUACAAAAGGAAGCCAAUCGUGAAUCCGGCGUUCGCGAAGCGGAGUGUACCUUCUUCGCGCCGAUGUGAAGACGAUAUCGGAAAUAAAGUGGACAGGGGGCGAAUGCACGCAUCGCAGCACAAGCGAGAUUAUCUAAAAGGGCAACAGUUGGCGGCGCGAGCUGUGGAGUUUCACAGAAGCGGCCGCGGCGCACUGUACCAGAAAAUGGAGACAAUGUUACAGGGCCUCGGCGUCGACGGCAGGCAGUGUGUUUUGAAAUCGCUGUGCAUGGUGGCGCAGUCGCAGAACCAUCCCCAGGGAGAUUUCUUGCAGGAAAUAUUGAGGGCUGUGCUCACGUUGCCCCAGUCAGCUGACGUGGAGGACUAUAUGGAGGAGUAUGACGCGGCAUCGAAGGCGACCGAACCCUGCGAGACCCUGUACCCAGAUUGCAACGAACCGCUCGCCAAUGUGGACUCGCCGACGUUCAGCUAU